GACGAUGGUAUCGCAAAUUUCUUGCUGGCAAGUUCCUUCUCCAACCUGGGGCAAAGAUUCAUUUGAUAACCUCAGAGAUUUUUGUCAACCUCCACCACCUGGAGUUGAUUUUGCUUACCAAAAAUGCAAUGUAUCAACAAAUUUACCAUCUUAUAAUAUUUUUGAAUCUUUUAUACAUAUUCCUCAGCCACCACAUGAAACAUCCUCUACUCAUACUUCCCAUACGAAGACUUCGUAUACAGAUCAUUCGAUAAUUUCAAGGAGGGCCGAGCUAAAGCCCAAGGAAAGUCUAGUUGAGAUUAUCAAACGAGAUCUCAAGUUUAGACCGAAUUAUUAUUCACUUAAUAAACAACCUCUAAAGAAUGACGAGUCUAAGUGCGUUGCCAUGAAACUUCCUCUGGAGAUUCUUGUAAUGAUAGCAGAAAAUUCAACCGCAGAAACUUUGUUAGCCUUAACAUUGACGUGUCAAAAAUGGUACAACUGGCUUACUGAGAUCGAUAGUACUUACAUUGGCCGGGUUUGGUGCAGAUCCAGAAAUAAUUCUCAUUCAGAUCGGAAAGGGUCCAAGGCUGGAAAAUGUGAAUUAAUUUACACCAUUCAAAAGAUGAAACCAAAGCCAUCAUGGCUUCACGAAUGUGACAUGUGCUACAAAAAAUCUAACAUUUUGACAUGGAACUUUAGAGGCAGUCUAAUCAAUACUUGUUACAGUUGCAAGAAGAUGUACGAAGUUAAAACAAAUGAUAAGGAAAUAUAUUAA